UCUCUCUCUCUCUCUCUCUCUCUCUGUACUCAACCCCAGCUGUUGCUAGCUGUCUCCCUCAUCCCUUGUCAUGUGACCCUCUCCCUCCUCCUCCUCCUCCUUCCACCGCCAGCUUAAGCUGCCAGGCCACCACCUUCACCACCAUGCUAAAGACAAGAGAGAUGUCUGUGAGAGAGAGAGGGAGGGAGGGAGAGUCACAGAGGACAAUUGCAAGGGAAGUGUCUCCUUCCAUGAAUUUGGAUGCAGGGCAUGAUGCUGCAGCUGCCCAUCUGCCAUGUCAUAAGAUAGCAAGCAUUGGCUGUGCAAUCUGAUCAGCUUAAUUCUAGCUUCUCUCUCUCUCUCUGCGUUUGCAUACACAUGCAGGGAUCAGAGGGAACAACGGCGCAGCUCCCUCCCAAAGUCCCUAACACCAUGUCCAACAACUGGCCUUACUUCGCCCACCACCCCGCACCUGCUGCCGCAUUGGCCCCCCAUCAUUUCUUCCCGGCCCACCCUCCGGCCUGGGCCGACGAGUUCCUGGACUUCUCUGCCACCCGACGGAACCACCACCGCCGCUCCGCCAGCGAUUCCGUUGCCUUCCUGGAGGCCCCGCUCGUGGAGGAGAGCGGAGGCUUCGACCGCCUCGAUGACGAACAGCUCAUGUCCAUGUUCUCCGACGAGAUGCCGGCGCCGCCAUCGUCGUCGUCGGAUCAAGACAGCAUGAACGAGGACAAACCGGCUGCUGCGGGUCAGAUGGAGGCGCAAAGCAUGUGCAAGACGGAGCCAGAGGCAGCGUCCGGGCCGACGGCGGCGCAAGCAGGCGCUGAGUCCGAGUCGGUUGUCGACCCGAAGAGGGUGAAGAGGAUCCUCGCCAACAGGCAGUCGGCGCAGAGGUCCCGAGUGCGCAAGCUUCAGUACAUCUCGGAGCUCGAGCGCAGCGUGUCUUCGUUGCAGACCGAAGUAUCAGCACUGUCUCCUCGCGUCGCCUUCCUCGAUCACCAGCGCUCCCUUCUCACGAUGGGCAACAGCCAUCUCAAGCAGAGGAUUGCAGCGCUAGCGCAGGACAAGAUCUUCAAGGAUGAUUUGAAGUGGAUGAGGUUUUUCGUGAGAUGCUGCAGCACAUCGAGAAGCCCUGAAGAAAGAGAUCGAGAGACUUCGACGAAUCUACGAUCAGCAGAAUCUCGAUAAAUUGGCGGCUUCCGACGCCGAACCUGCCGCGCGCACAGAGAAAGAACUGCUUAGCUGACGGAGAGUACGCAGCAGCAGCAGUAGUCGAGGUGGUGGCUUUCAUUAAAUAUGAAUUCAUGGUUUUUACGUUGUAUUCUUUUUCAUCUUCAUAUUCUCUCUCUCUCUCUCUCUCUCUCUCUCUCUCUCUCUCUCUCUCUCCAUUUGAGAGGAAACAGAGCAUGUUUGGGCUGCAGUGGCGCACUUGUGCGUUGCCGAAAGUGAUUGUUCCAAGGCAUCAUUGUGUGUUUAUUAACCGGAGAUCUGUGUGUUCGUUCCAUUAA